CUCCUGUCCGGACUAAGCGCUUUUUCACCUAUGACGAUCUGUAAUAUUAGAAAAUGGCGGAUGUUGAAGAUAUUUCCCAGCUGGAAAAUGUUGAAAGUGACAGUAUAAGAAAGACAAUCAAGGAGAGAUAUGCCAAAGACAGAAUAUAUACCAAUUGCGGUGACAUACUCAUAGCAGUAAAUCCCUACAAAGAUCUUCCCAUAUUUGGAGAAAAGCAACAUGAAGAGUAUAACUGGAGGACGUUACAACGUACUCCCUCCCCGCAUGUGUUUCACGUGGCAGCGCGUGCGUAUGGUCGAAUGCAGGAGACGCACACGAAUCAGGUGAUCCUUGUAGGAGGAGAAUCUGGAUCAGGAAAGACAGAGAACACAAAGUUCAUUGUCAAGCAUCUCGUAUCAAUGUGUCGAAGACAACCCGACAAUCUCCAAGAACGAAUUGUCAAGAUUAAUCCGCUCCUGGAAGCAUUUGGUAACGCCAAAACAACGAUGAAUGACAAUUCCAGCAGAUUUGCCAAAUAUUUAGAGGUGAUAUUUUCUGCUGAUGGACAGGUCAAGGGAGCCAUUGUGAGGGACUAUCUGCUGGAGAAAUCACGCGUGGUUGACCAGCUGGGCAAUGAGGGCAAUUUUCAUAUUUUCUACUGCCUUUUGGCCGGAGCUUCUCCUUCCAUGCUGAAACGCCUUCGAUUAAAGGAUGCGAGUACUUACCGGAUUCUAAAGCGGAACAAAGACUUAAUAAGCAGAAGGGAAUUCCACAGUAACAUGUAUCUUGAGCAGAUGGCGGUUCUCAAGUCCAUAGAUAUGGACCUUCAGGACAUGGACAUAAUCCACACAGUACUGGCGGCCAUACUACAUAUCACCCAAGUGGACUUUGUGGAACCCGAUGAUCCUAACGAGCCUCUUCAGAUCCGAGAUGCUACACUGCUAGAGAAUGUGGCAGAUUUACUGAGCGUUCCAUACGAAGACCUUGGCCAUGCCUUAAUCGCAACAAAACAGACAUAUGUGGGAGAAGUGAUCGUGAAAAGAAACUCCAUGUCACAAGCUAUAGAUAGAAGAGACGCACUUGCCAAAGCUCUGUAUGAACGCCUGUUUGGUUGGGUUGUACGGCAGAUCAACAUAAACCUCCAUCCGUCAAAUUUAAGUGUUUCCACGGGGAUAUGUACUAAUAUUGGAAUCCUUGAUAUUGCUGGCUUUGAGAAUCUGAAAUCAAACAGUCUGGAGCAAAUUUGUGUUAAUCUCAUCAAUGAAAGACUGCAGAAUUUCACCAGCAAGAAAAUUGUAGACUCUGAGAUGUCUAUUUACAAGGAGGAAGGAAUCAAAAUACCGGAUAUUGAUUUUAGGAACAAUGACGAAGUGUUGAACAUGUUUAUGAAGAAAACCUUCGGCGUGCUGCCGUUACUUGAAGAGGAGUCAAAGCUUGGACAUGGUUCGAAUAAAAGAUUCAUCAAGAACCUCAAAGACAAUUACGAUACACACGAAUGUUUCACGCCAUCUUCCCGUGGUUUAGCGGAGUUUGGCAUCAAACAUUUUGCUGGCAAGGUGUGGUAUAGCGGAUCGAUGUUGAUUGAGAAGAAUCGAGACCUGUUGAGUCCGGAUGUAACCACAUGUAUGAAGCAUAGCAGCAAUCCAUUCGUGUCGGAUCUGUUUACAAUCAGGAAAGGACCGACAGGGACAAUUUCGGCUUCCGGCCACAACAUCAGGAAAUCAACGAAACAAAACUCGACUCGCCUUGCAGAGCCCGCAAUGCGACAAGGGAAAACACAUCUCGUGGACCUGGGAAGAUCUCUGAAACAAAGUUGCAGACAAAUAGAAAGGAGUACUACUCUUGUGUUUAGUCCAAAAGAUCAGAAAACUGUGGUAUCAUACUUCCAGACCUCCAUGGAUGAGCUGUUGUCAAAAAUGAGACAAGCAGAACAGUAUUACAUACGAUGUAUUAAACCAAACAUGUUUCUCCAGCCGAACAACUUCGAUGAUGAGAAGGUCUCAGAACAGAUACUGUAUAACGGGAUUGCUGAGGUAGCCAAAAUCAGGAAGCUGGGUCUUCCAGUUCGGAAACGUUAUGACGAAUUCACAAAGAGAUACAGACCACUCUUCCCGGAAUGUCUGACAUCACGGUCGCAGAUAGAAAGGACUGAUCUGCUCCUCAAGAAAAUAUUACCGGCUCAAAUGAUGCCAGGAGUCAGAUUUGGCAAAAACAGGCUUUUCAUGAAGGAGGAUGUCAGCAUAUGGCUAGAGCAAUGUCGGAGUGCCAAGGAAAGGAGAGCCGCAAAUACCAUCGCACGGCAUUGGCGGGGAUUCAUUCGAGAACAGAGGCGCAAACAAGACGAAACUGUGUCACAUCUAGCCACAAAUUUGAGACUGUCUGACAAUAACGAUCCAGUAUCUAGAAUGAGACAUUCAACAGGAAAUGAUUUGGGACACUCAUUUACACCUGGUUUAUUUCUCGGGGAUUCUUUUGGAGAUGCUUUUGGACAGUCCUUCAUACCUGGUUUUGGUACCGGGAAACAGGGAGGGUUUGAUAGGGGAUCGGCAUUUGCCAAUUCGUAUAACAGAAGAGAUUCAUGGUCGAAUGCAUCCUCGGAUGAUGACACCACGUACUCUCCGAUUGAUGCCGCGAAAAUCCAAAGUUCCGUAAAACCUCAAAAUGACCAUUGUAAACAGAAGAAACAAAGAGCUCCAGUGCCUCCAGAUGUUAGAAAUGUCCCGAAUAGAAAAGAUAACCCGGAGCAGGAACGGACCGAGGAAACAACGACGACGCCAGACAAAGAGUUCUGGGAUAUAUUCAACAUUAUUUCACGGGAAUCGAAGAGAGGAGACAUUCACAUGGGUAAAGGAAUGAUGGUUGUAAAACUUGUUACCUAUGCAGUACUUGGCCUGCUGCUCCUUUUCUGCUCUGUAUUACAGAAGAUCAGUCUCGCUACACUAGUAUCGAACACAUCUGACUUCCAUUACCCACUGUUGCUGGUAGUGAUGUGUAUCCCGUAUGUCCUGGUAUUCCUAUCCAGCCUCUGGAGGUCACUUUUUGGAAAUGUUCACUUUCCGUCGAAGAAAAACCUCAUUAUUGUGUUGAUAAUUGAAGGAUUACACUCGUUAGGAUUGUCUUUGUUGGCGUUCCGAGUCCUCCCGGAAAUUGAUGUGGUCAGGGGAACGCUACUUCUUAGCUGUACAUGUAUAGUGCCAAGCAUCUUAAAGCCCAUGUGUUCGUCAACGAGAAAUACAAAAAAUCGCUGUACUUCAACUGCUGCUAAAAUCUGCAUGUUUAUAUUAGAUUUAUGUGCAGCUCUCAUUCAAAUAUCUGCCAUACCUGUGGUUGUUUUGACUGAAUACUAUAUCAACAACAAAAGCUUUGAUGGAAAUGAAGGAAAGGUUGCUGAACUUAUUUUUGCUCUUUUCCUCUGUUCUUUCUCCUAUUGGGAAAACUUUGUCGAUGACAGAUUGUGUGGAGGUUUAAAAGAAACGAAUAAAUUUCAUAUUCUGAUACUUGGAUUGAAAUUUGACCUACAGGAGUGUCGCCCUGUACUUUACACAGUGGCUGCUGCCGUGAAGAUCCUCAUCACAAGCUUACUUGCGUUUUAUCUUGAUGAGGAAAAGAAAGAUUUUAACUUUAGAGUGUUAUCUAAUUUUUUCGACUUAUUGGGAACAGAACCAAAGCUCCUAUUAGCAAUUCCGGCUGUCGUAAGUCUCGCCUUAUCAUCAUUUAUAGGACGCUUCGUGGCACAUACAGCGUGUAAGCUUCAGAUGCAGAUAGUCUCGUACUCUAUCCCAUUACUUCUCUCGACGCCUAUUGCAGUAUGCAUACUGUAUAAUGAUUGUCAGACACAUUUCCUGCUUGACAUAUCCCUAGAAGACCGUACCUGUGAUGCUGAUCUUUUGGACACCUGGUGGCAUUUACCUGUAGCCGCCGCCUGGCUCCUUUCUAUAUAUUGGGUUGCACGGUAUAUAUGGUUCCCUUCACAGCCACGACUUGCCAAAUUUGAUGAUUUAUUUGUUAAUCCCUUGUAUUGUGGAAUCCUGAUGGAGCAAGAUUUGAUAAUGAACCGUCGUCGUCACACACGAAAAAUCAUCAAGGUCAACAAGGAAGGGCAUAUAUACUACAGGAUGAUGCUGGAAAAUGUGAGAAUCUCUAAAUCCGAGGAUCAAAGCAUACCGCCUAUGGUUUACGCAUGCGGGACAAUGUGGCAUGAAACACGACAGGAAAUGGUUCAGUUUCUGAAGUCGUUAUUAAGAAUGGAUAAGGAUCAGUUUCUACGGAAAAAAGCCGUGAACACAUUUGGUGUUGAUCCAGCAGACGUACAUUACUAUGAGUAUGAACCACACAUUUUCUUUGAUGAUGCGUUCGAAACAAAUGCUGAUAAUGAGAGAGUCCCCAACUCCUUUGUUAAUCUUUUCGUCGAGCUGAUGGAAGAAGCUGCCAGCUCGGUUCACGAAAAAGUAAUGACAUUAAAACCUCCUAUGAAGAUUACGACACCUUAUGGUGGUCAGCUGGUGUACCUCAUGCCGGGAGAAAACCUCAUGUUUGUUCAUCUAAAGGAUCAAAAUAAAAUUCGUCAUAGGAAACGCUGGUCACAGGUGAUGUACAUGUACUACCUGCUUGGCUACCGAAUUCUCAAAGAAUGCCAGGAAGUUGUUCUUGCAGCAAUUAGAGACGAUACUUUCAAUGACCUGGUCAGUUGGCGACAGUUCGAGAGACAAAGAACAGGGAAAGUGGAAAAAAGUCAAAUAUUUAAUUUCCUCGACGAUGAAGUACUAUACCGGGCACAGAAUACGUUUAUACUGGCUCUUGAUGGAGAUGUUGAGUUUACAUCAGAAGCUGUGCACCUGCUUAUUGACAAGAUGAGGAAAAAUGACAGAGUUGGCGCGGUUUGUGGCCGGAUUCAUCCUGUCGGUAAAGGACCAGUUGUGUGGUUCCAGACAUUUGAGUACGCCGUUGGCUAUUGGCUGCAGAAAGCUACAGAACACGUUUUAGGUUGUGUGUUGUGCAGCCCCGGAUGUUUUAGCGUGUUCCGUGGAUCUGCCCUGAUGGAUGACAACGUCAUGAGAAAAUUCACCAGCCUCCCAACCGAUGCAUCCCAUUACAUCAUGUACGACCAAGGUGAAGAUCGGUGGUUGAGCACCCUCCUUCUACAGCAGGGGUACCGUGUUGAAUAUACAGCCGCCUCAGACGCCUUUACCUACGCUCCCGAGAGUUUUGACGAGUUAUUCAAUCAGAGACGACGCUGGAUGCCUUCCACUAUUGGAAAUGUCAUGGACCUCUUACAGGAUGGCAAAAACACUGUUGCAGUCAACAACAACAUAAGCUGGCUCUAUAUUUUCUACCAGUACAUCCUGAUGUUAUCAGCAGUCCUUGGGCCUGGUAUGGUAGUAAUGAUGAUUGCUGGAGCUAUUGGGUCUGUCUUCAGUACGGACAUUAUCACCUCAUAUCUAAUCGCCUCUGUACCCGCCAUGUUUUAUGCUAUAUUGUGUUUCACCGUGAAGCCCAAGAAUCAAAUUUUAGCAGCGCAGUUUCUAGGCGCAUGGUAUAUUUUCGUAAUGGCGGUCGUAUUUGUCGGGUGUGUAAGUAUAGCUGUCCAGGAAAAUGCACUCCAUCCAAGUGUUAUAUUCAUAGAAUCAUUGGUCGUUAUUUUUAUCCUUACUGCUUGCAUCCAUCCACACGAAUUCAGCUGUGUUUUACAUGGAGCUAUGUACUUUCUCUGUAUUCCAUUAGGGUUUCUACUGAUAGUGAUAUAUUCUUUUUGCAAUAUGCACGUCAUAUCUUGGGGAACAAGAGAAUUACCAAAGAAGAAAACUCACCAGGAAAUUGCAGCGGAGGAGAAAUUAAAGAAAGAAAAGGAAGAAAGGAAGAAACAGGGGUUCUUGGCUCGUUUUAUGCCGAAGAUGACAUUCCAUGACAUUGGACAGGUGCUUAAUAACAUGAAGUUGACAAACAAAAAAAAGGAGUCAACUAUAGAAAUGCUAAGAACCAUCAACGCAAAAUUUGAAUUAUUACUGAAAAUAAAACAAAAGAAAGAAAAGUGCCCGGAUACCAAUAUGAUGGAUACCGAAUGUAUACCUGAAGUAAUUGUUCAGGAUGUACAACACCCAAUUAUUCGGAAGAAUCUUAGAUUCGAUGACGAAGCAAUUACUCUACAUGAAAAGGACAAAGCUCGGAGAAUGGAAGAUUGUGCAGUACCUAAAAAUACUGAAAUCAAUGAAACCAUCUGGGUAAAACAAAACAAUCUGGGAAACGGACGCAUACUUCGAAUGAACUCUGCAGAAGAGGAAUUUUGGAAAAGUUUAAUUCAUAGGUACCUUUAUCCUCUUGAAGUCUCCACCGCCUCUAAGGGGCAAGUCAACGCUCGACUAAUAGAGUUGCGAAACAAUGUGUGUGCUGCCAUGGCUAUCAUAAAUGCUCUUUGGAUUGCUGCUAACUUCAUGUUUCAAUUGCGGAAGCCUGUCGUGAUCAAUUUCGCAGUACCGAGUGAUGCUGACGAAGCCGAAGUGAAUACUGAUAACUUCCAGGUGGAUGUGCUUGGUUUGAUGUUUGUUAUGCUAUUUUGUUUGAUGGUGUUGAUCCAGUUCAUUGGAAUGAUUGUACACAGAUGGGGAACUUUCAUACAUUUGAUAGCAAUUACGAAUGUACCGAAUCCGUUUACGAAAAGUGUAAGUGAGACUGAUGAUGAAAUGGAAAGUUCUAAACACGUCGCCGAAAAGGUACUAGAAUUUUGUGAAAGAUUAGACGCCGAGACAAUUCCAGAUUAUGCAAUGAAUAGCGAUGAAGAAAAAGAAGAGGAGGAACAGGUGAACCGUGCAAUGGAGGAAGUUAUAAAUAACAUUCAAGAAAAAGGAACGAAAAAUAUUCCUGGUUCUAUGAAUCCGCUUGGUAAGAGUAUUAGACAAUCGGAAUUCGGUACAACAAGCAGGGGAAGGACGGAUAGAAAAAGUGAUAUGGUAAAAUCGAUUAUCAGGCGUACAACUCGAACGGAAACCAACAUCUUGGAUUUGACUGAGAAACAGGAAACAGAUAAAAGUACAGCAGCAAAACAAAAUGUGUUAAAUGAUAUCAAGCUAAACGUUCCGAAAUUACGUUUCGGUGCGGGAGUGCCUCUACAAAAACAUUUCAUGAUGGAAGUAAGAAACAGAAAGCUACCUAACACUCCUGGGGAUUUUAUGAAAAUGGAACGUUUGAGUAAUACUCUCACCAGAGGAGGAUACGAUCAUGACACUUUCAUCGAUCGCGAAGAAGAUACUGAUCCCAUUUACGACACGAUCCCAGCAUUGUGUGCUAUGGACAAAGCAUUCUCUAAGAAAUUCAAGACAUUCAGAAAUCAGGAGAAACAGGAGAAAUGGAAACGGGGAUCAAGGCAAACCAAUACACUUCGCGAAUACAGUGAUCAUGACCUAUACUAGAAGUUAGAUAGUAUGUGGAAAUGGAAUAUUACAAUAAUCAACGUGUAUAUAAUGAAACAUGGAUAAAAACAUUGCAAACAUAGCAACGAUCAUGCAUUUCUGUUCACUCGAAAGUGAUACAUGUAUCAAUAACUAGUGGUAUUGUAGUUAAAAGAAUAAUAUUGCAGUUGGUUAUCUAAGCAUUGUAGCUGUAUGUCGAAUUGUGCAGUUGCAAUAAUGUUGACGAUCGCACGGUCUCUGUCGGUUAAGUAUAUAUGUCCGAGUCAGUCAUGCAUAGUCCACUUGUUUAUAAUAUUGAUAAUGGGUUGUUUGAUGAUAAAGGCUCAACAUCUUUUAUUUAAGACAGUCUAUGCACAAGCCGACAUGUCAAAAGAAAUCAGUGAACGUAACUGCUACCAUUCCAUUCCAUUAAAAAAAAUAUUAGACAAGCAAUUAUCUAUAGAAGGCGUGACAGCGAUAUUAUAUCCCCCAUUUUCACCACGCAUAUCAAAUUAAUAAUCUUAUAUAAAUGGCAUACUUCAAUAUAAGAACCCCUAACUAAUGGCAGUUAUGACAUUUCUCAAUCCCAAAUAUAGGUGAAAAAUUAUUUGAAGUAUAUAUUGACAUUCCUGUAUAUUUAUCAUAUGCUUAGUCCGUUAUCUUAUUUCCCUAUAUUAAGUGGAAGGCUGAAUGUGUAACACAUGCUCUACACCAUAAUCUAUUACUGGUAGUGUAUCAUGCAUUUGGUACAUUGUUUGAAAGUGCUUCAUUCAGUUUGUUCAUUAAUAUGUAGCUCUGUAUAGUUAUCAAUUAUAAAUAUUCAUUCCAAACUUAACGCUAUGUAUUUGUUUCAAUUUGAUGAUGGGAUAUUAUUUAUUACGCGAUUAUAAUGUAGUAAAAAUAAAUAUGCAAUGUGCAUUUACUAUUAAAAAAAAUUCACUAACUUUAAAUAUUAGCUUUUGAAAAAUGUCGAUACCAGCAUGUAUGUAUUACGCGGUAGAAAAUUCACUGCAAAAAGAACAUUCGUCACGAGGUUAUCACCCCUUACUUGUAUAGUGUUAGUAACUUUGGUGGCCAUGACGUAAACAAUAUCCAGAAAUAAACGAAAAAAUGUUGAUUAACAUUCUAUUGUUUACGAAAUUUGUGACAGGACACAAUGACUUCUAAGCAUAUUUAUCUUGAAAUGUACUUAAUACUCAUAUUAAGUAUUUGAUGCAUUUGCUUUACUUAUUGUUUACGUAUGAUUAUAUCCGAGCCAGACGUACUACUCUGUGUCGAUAUAAUGUGAUUUAUAAUCUAAUCAGCAUUGCUUUAUAUAACUAAAGCUGAUAAAUUUUCCGAAUGUGUCCGUAGUGGAUAUUAUGAUGAUUUAAUCAUUUAUGUUAAUUGAUGUACAUGAUAUAGAGUGAAAUAGAUAAUUAUGUGAACGUAAAAGACACUAUAGCAGAUUAUACACAUUUAGAUAUAUUUCAAGCAAAGUACAUUGGACGAAUCUCCUGCGAUGCCCAAAUAUCUCAAUUUGUGCUGUCAAAAUGCAGGAAAUUACACCACAGGGCAGUCGAUUAUCGCAUUAUUUUAUUAUUAUGUACCUUGUCAUACGCAUAUCAUAUAGUUAUACUUUUACAUACUCUCCAAAGAAAACAAUACUUUUAUAGCAGUUAACAUAGUGAAUACAUAGAGUAAGUAUACAUGACAGGUGCUAUACCUGUCAUAAUGUUAUUAAGAAAAAGGAAAUGAGUGUUAGAAAUAUUUGAUUUUUAUCGCUUCAUAACUGUUAUGGCUUAUAAAGAUAUUCACAUUUAAAAUGUAAUCCUCGUUGUUUUUUUUAUUAGACUCAACACCCUUUACCCUUUUCUUGUUCCUGUUUUAGGAUAUGCGUCCGCUACAUUAGGGAAAAAAUCGUCACAACAGUUAUAGUUAGAGGAAUUAUAUGAUGAUAUGAACUAAUUACAAAGGGGGAUAAUUUAUUAAUCAACUGUUCAUCUCAUAUUGUGUUUCCAAAAAAUAAUUAUACUAUAACAAAUCAAAUAGAUAUUAGUAGAUUUGGGUUAGGUUACCUGGAGUCAUGCGCUCCCAGAUGAUACAUUUUAUUGUAAGGGCCGCUGUAUUAAGAAUUUAAAUUUCGCAAUUCAGAUGAUAGUUAAAUACAUCUUUACUAUAACAAUGUAUAUUUAAAAUACAAAAAAUAGCCCAUUUCCUCCUUGAUAUCAAUAGAAGCCGGAAAAAAAUUGACUUGAUAUUAGAAACAGGGCUUUUCGGGACAACUUCAAUCAAAUAGAACGAUACUGUCUAAUACUACUUAUACAUGAAAUAUUUGAUAAUUGGGGCAUAUAGGUACAGAUUAUCUCACAGAAAUUAUGUAUAAAGAUGGAACAAUAUGUACCGCCUGUGUAAAAUAAAACUACCAUAAUAUGAGAUAUAAUUUGUUACCUUUUUCAACACUGUACAUACUCUUUACUUUUGCCCAAGACUUCUGCGUUUUGCUGCAGACAACAGAACAGAACCAAAUAACAAAUCGGCUAUCAAACAGUGAAUAUACCUCCUCUGAGGAUGGACGUAUUAUAAUACUACUAGGUGUUACCUGAUUAUUGUGUUAUGACCAUUGGUCAUCUGUUUUAUACCACAAUGUGUUAUUGCAUAAUGAUUGCAUUUGUAAAUAAACUAGCCUGAAAUUAAUGUAAAAUAUACUCACGACUUAGUUAACAUUAUCUCAAUGAUUACUACUUGGGGAUAAACCUCAUUUUUGCAUGUCACGAUACAUGUAGAUUUUUAACGAUUUCAUUAUCCAACUACAAUGUAUGUUUAAGCUGCCACUCUAAAUCUAUAACAUAUUAUGGGUUAAUUUUGUAUAGCAAAAUAUAUUUCCUUUGUUGUAUGUUACAAAUAGAACACAUUUAAAAAAAAUUACGUCAGGAUUAUAAUGUAUUGUUUGUAGCUUGUAUGUGACAACCAAUUAUGCUUAUUAGGUAUUUGUAUUAAGUUGUUUAAGAUCAAGACACGGUAUAGUUUUCAUCAAAUCACAACCUUUUUGUACUCUGAACAUAUAACACUUAGUGUACCAUGCUAAAACUUAUUAAAAGAUUGCCAAUAAAAAAUGUUGUUUUCUUUGAUCUAACAACAAUUACCAAAGAAAGAAAUUUUCCCUGGGGUGAACAAUUUAGCUGUUCCCGACGAUCUUAUCAGCAAACAAAUGUUCUCCCUGAUUGGUAUGUUAUGGUGAUAGGUUGACAUAAGUGUCUGUGAAGCUUGUUCCUAUUUCCAUUAUCGUCUUGUUAUUGUAUAUUAAAUAUGCUUCAAAUGAAAAAUAAAAGAAAUUUUUAAACUAUAAAACAUACGUUUAUUACGGUGGGAUAGUGUCACCGGAAGGAAACUUGGCGAGUGGCAUUCAUUUGUAUUUCAUUAGUCAUUAUCGUGAUUAUCAAUUAAGAUUAAGAUCACAAUUAUUCAGCUGUACCUAAAAUAGUUUCGGUAGACCAGUAGGUCGUCCCAAGUAUUUUCAUAGAGUCUCUUCAAUAGGAAAAUCAAAAAUGAUUCAUUCAAUGCGGCAAGUUAUCCGAAUUCAUGUAGGAAAAAAAGGUUGCAUUUUGAAACGACUUUAUUUACUAUGUAUGUUGUCGGGUCACAACCAAUCAAAAUAAGGUGACGCAAUAUGCGGCCUUGGGAGUUUUUUUCAGAAUACCUGACACUUUCAAUAACAAUACAUACUGGCAUCUAAACGUAGCGACAACUCUAACUCACAAUCGACAAAUUUGGGGCUAAAUACAAAUAAAAUGUAGAUCUUUACAGAAGACAUUUGAGAAGUACAAGAGGAAAGAGACCAAGGCGUCAAAGGCCAAGCAUCUUCUGCCUCAUCAACAACACCACGCAAAUUCGUCAUUUCACUGUAUCUAUCACGGGGCUGUGUUUAUCCUUGAAUAUUAAAUCAGCUGGGACAUGUAAACGCCGACACUCUUUAACGUUUUCCUUGUGUGUGUGGGCGGGUGGGUGUGCGUGUGUGCGUGUGCGUGUGUGUGCAAGCGUUCGUGGGCUUGCAUGCGGGUGUGCGUGCAUUCGUGCUUGAAUGCGUAAUCGUACGUGCGUGUGUGCACGUGUGCGUGUGUAUGUAAUUGAACAAGGGUAAAUUUAAAUAUAUGUAUACCUCUCACAACCUGUCUGUACUUUGAACAUAUAUCACUUAGUGUACCAGGCUCAAUCUUAUU